UGAGCACUCUUGUAGGAACCAAUGAUAUUCGGUCGUUUGUUUUACACGACUCUUUCUCUGCGCACACCGCUGUUUAAUCUGGUACUGCGCUACGCUACUGUUUCGCCUGCACUGUAAUCACACUUUUCAGAGGGAACAUCGUGCUGAAAAUGGUCAAUGUGUUGAAAGGAGUUCUUGUGGAAUGUGACCCAGCCAUGAAGCAGUUCCUCCUGUAUCUAGAUGAGACGUCAGCGCUCGGGAAGAAGUUCAUCAUUCAAGAUCUGGACGACACCCACGUCUUCAUUUUGGCUGAAGUCGUGCAGAUUUUACAAGAAAGAGUCGGAGAACUGAUGGACCAAAACUCUUUCCCCAUCACCCAGAAAUAACCCCCCCCCCCCCCCCACCCACACACACACACAGAAAUAAACACAACUAUACACACACACACACCCACAUCAUUCAGAAAUAAAGACUGCUUUUGUUUAAUGGUAUGUCUAAUGGUCAUUCAGAAACACACACCUUGGAAACGCAGGCCAGACUGGAAUGAGCACACUAACUCUAACCCUAUCCUGGGUAUUACCGUAAUUACUGUAUUACCUGUGCAGUAUAUAAGCCACAUGACACUGCUGGAAUGAGCACACUUGUAUCCUGGGUAUUACCUGUGCAGUAUUUAAACC